AUGUCGCUUAUACCAAUCAUCGUGAAGCAUGCGGGCAAACGCCACGAAGUCGAGCUCGAUCCCGAAGCCAACGGCGAAACGUUGAAAUAUCAGCUAUUCUCUCUGACUGGCGUUGAACCUGACCGGCAAAAGGUGUUGGUGAAAGGUGGCCAGCUCAAGGAUGAUACUCCCUUGUCCUCCCUCAAGGCCAAGCCAGGGCAGACAUUCAUGAUGAUGGGCACGCCAUCCGGAGCUCAAGGUGCCGCCGAUCUCGGUCGACCUAAAGAAGUCGUAAAGUUUUUGGAGGAUAUGACGGAGGCCGAAGUCGCACAGCAAGAGGGAGCGACUCCUGCUGGUCUACAAAACCUGGGAAACACCUGCUAUCUGAACUCUACUCUACAAACCCUUCGAAGUGUCCCGGAGCUGCAGGAAGAGCUUCAGCGGUAUCAAUCAAGUGGCAUUUCUGGCCGGCCCGGUCUUGCGGACCCUAGCAUCUUUGGUCUGAGUGGCUUGGGUGGCUCAAAUGAUGUGACUGGUUCUCUUCGGGAUCUGUUCAAGCAGAUAGGGCAUCCCCCUUUUAAGUUUCUCAAUGCCCUCCGAACCGCCUUCCCCCAGUUCGCUCAACAGGAUCGCAAUGGACAGGGCUACGCACAGCAGGAUGCCGAAGAAGCAUGGUCGCAGAUUGUGAACCAGCUGCGCAACAAGCUGACUAUCACUGACGGAAACGGAGAUUCUACAUCAAGUGUCUCUUUUGUCGACAAGUAUAUGGCCGGCAAAUUCGACUCCGUUACCGAAUGCGACGACCCCGCUGCUAAGGAAGUCGGCGAGGAACCUACCAAGUCCUCGGAUGUUUUCUUCAAGUUGGAUUGCCACAUUGGAAAGGAAACCAACCACCUUCAAGAUGGUAUCCUGGCAGGCUUGGAAGAGCAGAUCGAGAAGCAGUCCCCAACACUCGACCGCAACGCUCUGUAUACGAAGCGAUCGCGCAUCUCUCGCUUGCCGAGAUACCUCGCUGUGCAUUUUGUGCGUUUCUUCUGGAAGCGCGAGACUCAGAAGAAGGCCAAGAUCAUGCGUAAGGUGACAUUCCCAGCCGAGCUUGAUAUUGUGGAAUUCUGUACCGAGGAGCUUAGGGAGCAACUGGUGCCUGUCCGCGACAAGGUUCGGGAGAUCCGCAAGGACGAAUUGGACGUCGAGCGGUCUCGUAAGCGCCAGAAGCUGAAUAAUAAGCGGGAGGGUGAUCAGAAGGAGGAAGAGACUGGGCCCCAAGUUAUCAAAGAGCCUGUGCAGAAGAAGAAGGAGGCUGCGGAGACCAAGGGCAAGGCGAACGACAAGGACGGUGAUACCGCCAUGGAAGAGACCUUCAAGACCGACGCCGAGUAUGAGGCCGAAAAGAUGGAAGAGAUCAAGGCUGCCAAGAAAGAGCUCUAUGACUUGAUCAAUCAGCACUCCUCUGCAGACAGCGGAAACAACCAGUCUGGUCUGUAUGAGCUUCGUGGUGUGAUCACCCACCAGGGUGCCAGUGCCGAUAGUGGUCACUACACCGCGUACGUGAAAAAGCAGCCACGCAAAUCGAAUGGCUCCCAGCCCGGCGACAAGCGCCGUGAGGAUGAGGAGGCCGACGGCAAGUGGUGGUGGUUCAACGAUGACAAGGUGACCGAGGUGGAGGCUGAGAAGAUCGAGACUCUCUCCGGCGGUGGCGAGUCCCACUCGGCUCUCAUUCUUCUCUAUCGGGCUAUUGAACUUCCCACGUUGGAGCAGUGA